UAGUAGCCGACAAAUAGAAUAUGCAAAUCUUAUAAAUAUAAUUAGUAAAAUUACAUCUACUCUUUGUGAAUAUAAUAUUUUAUUAGAUGUUGCUGUUGAUAGUGAUUUAAGUACUAAUAAAACACUUGCUAGAGAGAAAGUAAUUCAUAAAAUUUUUGCAGAUUUAAAAUAUAAAUCAAAAAUUUUAAGAAAUAAAAUAGAUUUUUAUACUAAAAGUGUCUAUGCUGCUAUUGCAAGAUACCAAAAUCCUGAUAUUGAAUCUCCAACUGAUAAUGAUUUGUAUUUAAUACAAAUUAAUCCAAAUUUAAUUGAAUAUACUCAAAAUCAAGUAAAUGAUUUUAAAGAAUUUUUUAAAAAAAAUACAAAACUUCCCCCAAAGCAAAGUCUAAUAACUACUAUUCGAACUAGUAUGAAUGAAUCAUUUAAUCGUAUUAAACUAAAUUAUGCUGAUAAAAAGAAACAACGAGAGGAUAAACAUAAAUGCAAUAUUGCAAAAAUUAAUGAAAGAAAUAUAGCAUAUACUAAUAAAAUUGCUGAAAUGUAA